AUGGUCCGAUAUCCAGAGCCGACAAGAGGUGCAUCGUUGCUGAUCGCACUAAAGCCAACACGGAAGCCGAUACUUGUCGUCGGAUCGGGAUCGCUCGCCGCAAGCCGUAUUUUCAGUGCGUUGGAGGCAGAUGCGGACGUACUGAUUGCCUCGCGAGGCUCUAUCCGACACGCAUGCGAGGAAGUACAAUGGAGAGUCUACCAUGGCGAUGCGGAAUGGCUCGAUGCGACCGAUGCAGUCCAAGACGAUCCGGACCAGCAGCAGACCACGUUCGGAGCCCUACUAGACGCGAAUCCCGCCAUCCAGCUCGUGUGCGUCACCGAUACACUCAAUGCCACCGAGGCUCUCCCCAAGCGCUCUGCUGCGUCAGCAAAGGCCAUUGCCAGAGCGUGCAGAGACAGACGCAUAUGGGUCAAUGUCGCUGAUAUGCCGUCCCUCUGUGAUUUUACGUUUCCGGCCACACACCGAUUCGCUCUUUCCUCCCAGUCCACCGACGAUCCCAAUUUGCGCACUGUUGAUAUCAAGGGGUCCGCACUUCAGCUUGCUGUCACUGCCAACGGCCACGGAUGCCGCCUCGCCUCUCGUCUCAAACGCGAAGUCGUCGCUCGAUUGCCUCGUAAUGUCGGGGACGCAGUCGACAAUGUCGGCCGACUCAGACUUCUCGCCCGUUCCGAGGAUGAAGAUCCAGAGGCGCUGAGUUCGGCCAUGACCAUGCACGACUCGGGCGUGCAAUUUUUCGAUGAAGAUGAUUCCAGUCCGAUUAAUAAGCCCGUUCCCCAGCGGUCUCACGACGAGUCCCCAGCCGAGCGCUGUGCGAGACGUAUGAGAUGGGUUGCCCAGCUCAGCGAGUAUACGCCUCUGGAGCAGCUCGCGAGCAUGGACAAGGCGGGAAUGAAGGAGGUGCUCGAGUCGCGUCUUCCAGCCAAGCCAAGCGGGACUGGUAAAUGCGGACGUGGAAGAUCCAAUUCGCCGCUCAAGUCGGACCCGACUAAACCCCCCGCGGAGCCAGAAACGAGUAUUCCCAGUCGCCAUCACCUCGCACUUGACCCGCCCCCUCGCUCCGAUCCUACUUCCGGUCGUAUCAUCCUCGUUGGCUCUGGACCUGGUCACCCUGCGCUCCUUACACGUGCCGCACAUCAUGCCAUCACCAAUCUUGCCACACUUGUUCUCGCUGAUAAACUCGUCCCCGGAGAAAUCAUGGCUAUUAUACCUAAACACGUCGAGGUCAAGGUAGCCAAGAAAUACCCGGGCAACGCUGAACACGCCCAAGACGAGUUUAUCCAACUUGCCAUCCAAGGAGCCAGAGCUGGGAAAUGCGUCAUCAGAUUGAAACAGGGCGACCCUUACCUCUACGGACGAGGCGGCGAAGAACUCCUCGCGUUCCAAGCCGCCGAACCACCACUCGCGCACCCACCACUCGUGAUACCCGGAAUCUCAUCCGCACUCUCCGCCCCGCUCCUAUCCACCAUCCCCGUCACCCAGCGCAACGUUGCCGACUCGCUCGUCAUUUGCACCGCCGUCGGAAAGGGCGGAAAGGGCGGGAUCGUAUGGGGCUACGAGCGCGCACGGUCGCUCGUUAUUCUCAUGGGCGUCGCCAGACUGGGGGAACUUGUUAGGUGCUUGGUCACUGGGAGCAGCGAAGGCGCGGUAAUCGGCGGCGGCGGUGUAGCAAAACGGCUAGUUGGCGGGUUGUCAAGUACGAAACCUGUCCCAGUCGUCCCCGUCGCACCUGUGCCUCCUUCAACUUCUUCAGCACCCGCACAAUCGAAUAGCUCCAGACCCACCCCGACCCCCAUCUCCACCACCACCACCACCUCGACUCCUCCACCCAACUCGACAUUGACAUCAACACCACAACCUCCCUCUCCAAACCCCAACGCGCCACCCACACCCAUCACAUCCCCACUCACCCUCUCCGGCCCGGUCUACCCGCCCUCGACGCCCAUCGCGAUCAUCGAACGCGCCUCGAUGCCGGACCAAAGGCUCAUCGCGACGAGUCUGGACAGGAUCGAACGCGCACUGGAGCGCGAGGGCGGCGGGAGACCUCCGGGUAUGAUUAUCGUUGGCUGGGCCGUCGUCGCGCUCGCCCAGAGUCAGGUCCAUUCUCGAACGCCAUCAUCACCAUUGCCACCACCACCACCAUCGUCGUCGUCGUCGUCGGCGGCACCGCCAAGAGACGGAGGGAUUCUGGAUAUCAAGGGAGACGGUCUAGGCGCGUACGACGAGACGCGGGAUCGGGAGAGACUCGAGCGGUGGUUGGGUGGGAGGGAGUACGUGACUCGUGAGGGCAUGGAAGAUGGAUGGGAGGUGUUUGCCGGUUUGGCGUGA